AUGGCGACUGUCACGGAAGCUGUGAAGGAGUCCCUGUUGGGUAAAGAAGCUCCGGCAGGCUUAUCCUCGGAGUCGCGCAACACAUUCUUGAAGUUUGCAAAGAAAGAUGAUGAUGGUGAACUCUACAUGAAUGAGGAGGACUUUAUCAAUGCCAUUGCUCCGCCUGAAGAAGAUUAUCACAAAAUCAAACGUGAGCAGUAUGGCAUCCUCUUCGGUGUCGCUGACCGCAAGAAACGGGGCAAGGUCUCCAUGUCUGAGUGGGCAGCGUUUGACAACCUCCUUGCCAAACCCGACGCAGAGUACGAGAUUGCCUUCCGACUGUUCGACAAAGAUGGGACCGGCUCGGUCAAGUCGGACGACUUUCAAAGAAUCUACGAGCAGUACAAAGGAGAAAAUAGCAUCCCCUUCGAUUUCAACUCGGAAUGGGCUUCACUGUACAUUGGAGGCAAGACCAAGAGACACGAGAUGACAUACCCUCAAUUUGCGCAGAUGAUGCGUGGCCUGCAGGGCGAGCGCAUUCGACAGGCCUUCCACCUGUAUGACACCGACAAGGAUGGGUACAUCGACCCUGAAGACUUUGAGCGCAUCAUCCGGUCCACGGCGGGCCACAAGCUGUCUGACCACGUCCUCGAGAACCUGGCCACCUUGUGCAACAUUUCCGCCGGUACCAAAAUCUCCUACGCCAACGUCCGCGCCUUCCAGAACGUCAUCCGCGAAAUGGAUCUCGUUGACCUGAUCAUCCGCAACGCAACCGCAAAAUCCAGCGACGGAAGGAUCGACCGCACCGAUUUCCUCAAUGAAGCCGCGCGGGUAACCCGUUUCUCCCUCUAUACGCCCAUGGAGGCAGAUAUUCUGUUCCACUUCGCCAGCCUGGAUUCGCCCGAGGGCAGGCUAAGUCUCGACGACUUUGCCAAGGUCCUCGACGCAUCCUACCAGACUGUCGGGGCAAGGCUCACCGCCAUGGCCGACGCCGCCGACCGCGCUGUCUCGAAAUCUAGGCAAUUCCUGCACAGCUUGCUCGAAUCGGCGCAUCAUUUCGGCCUGGGCUCCAUUGCGGGUGCGUUUGGUGCCUUCAUGGUCUACCCGAUCGAUCUCGUCAAGACACGCAUGCAGAACCAGCGAAGCACCAGGGUUGGUGAGCGUCUGUACGAAAACUCAAUCGACUGCGCCCGAAAGGUGAUCCGAAACGAAGGGUUUAGGGGCCUGUACUCGGGGGUUUUGCCUCAGUUGGUCGGUGUAGCGCCAGAGAAGGCUAUUAAGCUCACUGUGAACGAUCUCGUGAGAGGGCGAUUUACGGAUAAGAAGACCAACACGAUUCCUUUGUGGGCGGAAAUUCUGGCGGGUGGCUCGGCCGGUGGUUGUCAAGUGGUCUUCACCAACCCUCUUGAAAUCGUCAAAAUCCGUCUGCAAGUCCAAGGUGAACUGGCCAAGAAGUCCGACGCCGUGCCUAAACGCUCGGCCAUGUGGAUCGUGCGCAAUCUCGGCCUGAUGGGUCUCUACAAGGGCGCCUCAGCCUGCCUGCUGCGCGAUGUCCCCUUUUCGGCAAUCUACUUCCCAACGUACAACCAUCUCAAGCGUGACAUGUUCGGCGAAUCGCAAACCAAGAAACUCGGCGUGCUGCAGCUUUUGACCGCCGGUGCGAUCGCCGGCAUGCCGGCCGCGUACCUCACCACCCCCUGUGACGUGAUCAAGACGCGCCUGCAAGUCGAAGCCCGCAAAGGCGAGGCCACGUACUCGGGAUUGACGGAUUGCGCGCGCAAGAUCCUGAAAGAUGAGGGCUUCAAGGCUUUCUUCAAGGGCGGACCGGCCCGUAUCCUGCGCUCGUCGCCACAGUUCGGAUUCACCCUCGCUGCGUAUGAGGUCCUGUCCACAGUCCUCCCCUACCCGGGCAGCCAGCAGGAAGUUGGCGCCGGCGUGGCGGGCGUGGCAGGCAAGAUGGAACCGGGCAUUGGGCUGAAGGAGGCAAAGGCUCCAUUGCCAUACCUUCGGAGUCGCAACGCGCUCAAGAUCCUCCUGGACUUGGACGUUAACUUCGGACGGGUGCGGAGGAACCGCGACGGCACGAUCGGCGCGGCCGCCGCAGCUAGCAAGGAGGCGGUUGAGAGGGGCGUGGGCUGGUUCGGCGGCAAGAAGUUGGAGUGA